AUGUCUCCGGCCGGUGAACUGUGGUGGCUCUGCCGCUGUGUCGACGAAUCUCUCAGCUCCUACACAGAGCCACGCGCGUUCGUUUCAACGAACAAAGAGAACGAGAAGGAAAUCCUAAUUGCUUCUUCUCAGGUCGUGAGGAAAAUUCAGCUGCGAAUUCGUGAAUUUGAUUCUUCUUCGAAUAAAGAAGAAUUGCACGGUUCCGAGGAACAUUGCUCCGUCCAUCAAUGUCUACUGAAAAUUGUGACUAAAAUGGUGAAUUUGUUAGCUGUUAAAAAUGAAUUCGUUCAACACGUUGCUGUCAAUGCUCUUGUCUUAAUUUCAGAGUUUGUGUUCGCGACGGGGAACAAUUGGGAUGAAUUUGUCAAUUUGUUAUGCUGUUCCUUGGAAGUGGCUUUUACUAGAAUGUUCUCGUGUUCGUCUGAAAAUAAUAACUUUGAUUCUCCUGAUGUUGAUUUCGUGCUGCAACAUAGGCUGAUGAGUUGUGACUGGUCUACUGUGGCUGGUAUCGUUGGAGCGCUUCGUGUUAUAUGCAAACAUUUGAAGGAGGAUUAUGAUGAUGAGUUUGUCAAAGUGUACUAUGACUCUGUUAAUUCUUGUCUUUUGAAAAUGCCUUGGAGUUCGUUGGAUGAGUGUUGGAGUUGUGAUACUGUUAGCAUGAAGAAAAGCUUGCCAUCGAAUGUGCUGCAUCGCAGUAAUUUUGGUGCUAUGGAUCCUGGAAUCAGAUUUCUUGGGACUAUUCUCCGGUUACUAUGCACUUUGGUUGACCGGAGUGAUUUUGUGGAUACUGGUUGUGAUUCUGCUGACAAACAUCCACUAUUUGUCACAGUAAUGAACCUUAUACCUAGACUUGUAAAGUGGUGUCUCCGCAAGCAAGAAGACAAUUCUGAGACUUGCAUCAUCCAUUACAUGAAACAUAAAUUGCUGAUUCUGAUGAUCAGGUUUGGCUCACUCUCGUGUCUGGACUCUUCAGACUCAUUUUCUUGGCUUGAAAUCCUUCAUAACUACUUUCAAGAUCUUCUACUACAACCUUUAACUCAAUUUCUGUCUGCUCAAGGUGAUUGUCUUGAAGGCUCUCCAUUUUUGUUGAGUUUGUCUGAUGGAGAAACAUAUGGGACGUCUUCCAGCCAUCUACAAAGACAAGCUAUUUUCCUCUUGCUGGAUUGUUCUAUCAGUUUGAUCAGUCAAAGAGGAUCAAAGGAAAACCACAGUGAUUGUUCGGCUUUAAGCUCAUGUUUUACCAAUAACUUAGAUCUAGAGUUUGAUCACUUUCGCAUAAAAAAGGGAUUACUAGAGCUUUACAAGUGGAUUCAACAACAUCUUCCAAGUGAGGUCUCUAUCAACCGUGAAAACUACUCAGAGAUAUGUAUGAACUUCAUGUCAACUUUUCUCCAGCUAUAUCUUCACGAGAGCCCUCUGUUUUCAAAUCUGCCACCGUCACCAAACAGUGUUCCAAGCCGUCUGUGGUGGUCGGAAUUCCCCGAUCUAACACCUGUUAAAACCGCGCCGCCAACCACUUUACACGCGCCGGUAACAGCUUUGUCCAAGCGCGCCCGCUCGCACCCACUCGCCGGCGCGUGUGAUCCACGUGCCACCCUCCUGCAGCCCGUUUUCGACGGUGAUUUUUGCUACUUGCUCGGUUUUGUCCCCUGA